AGAAAUGAUUUUGCAUUAAGGCAAGGAGGUAGUAGUAGGAAGGCAGAAAAUGAAGCAUGCCAACUCCGAAAUUUCAUCGUUUAAAUUCUAUAUCCAGACGCGCCUGUGAGUGUGAUGGCGACUUUGAUGUAUAUUUGACAGUUCUAAGACAGAUCAUCCACAUUUGGCGCCAAAGAAAGGGUCGCUACGUCGUCUCAAACAUGCUGCGUAAUUAUACUGGUAAACAUAGCUUUAUUAAUUGACUAAAAAAGGAAUGAAUGACGCACAAUACAUAUCGAUAAAAUAAGACAUCCACUUCGU